AUUCUCAUUCUUCCUUUAUCUUUCUCUCUCUCUCUCUCUCAAGGUUCCAGUUGAUGUGAUUCUCCACUAUAGCUCCCAAAACCACAUACCCUUUACAAAAGAGAAGGAGCCAUGGUUUUUUCUUCAAUUCCAGCUUAUCUUGAUCCAUCCAACUGGCAUCAGCCUCAAAACCACCAUCUACUCCCACUACAGCAGCCGGAGGGGGCUGCGCAGCCUUCCCCGCCUCCUCCGCAGCCCCAUGGAAGCGGAGGAGGAUCGAUCCGGCCUGGCACGAUGUCAGAGCGGGCUCGAAUCGCGAACGUGCCGAUGCCGGAUUCAUCCCUAAAAUGCCCUCGGUGCGAAUCCACCAACACCAAAUUCUGCUACUUCAACAACUACAGCCUCUCUCAGCCGCGCCACUUCUGCAAGACCUGCCGCCGCUACUGGACCCGCGGCGGCGCCUUGCGGAACGUCCCCGUGGGGGGAGGCUGCCGCCGCAACAAGCGGAGCAGCAAGUCCACCACCUCCAAGGCCUCCCCGGCGAGCGACGAUCGCCAGACUGCCACCUCCACAUCCACCAGCGGCCUCUCGCCGCAGUUCCCACCUCUUCGGUUCAUGUCGCCGCUGAGUCAACUCACCGACAACUUUGCCGGAAACAUGGGCUUGAACUACAGCCUGCCGAUGGGGACGAACGAGAUGGGGUUCUACAGCGGCGGCGGAGGGGGGAUGGCUUCGCUUCUGUCCAGCGUCGGCGGCGGCGGAGGAGGUGGAAUUGAGCCGUGGCGGCUGCAGCAGCACCCUUUCUUCGGCGGUUUCGAGGCGUCGCAGCCGGAGAAUUACCAAUUCCACGGCGGCGAGUCAGGGUUUCUGAACAACGAAGCGAGUCGGGCGAAGUUUUCGAGCUCGCUGUUGAGUCAGCUAGCGUCGGUGAAAAUGGAGGAAAACCCUAAUUUUUCAAGGCAAUUGAUGGGAGGAAUUGCAGGGAAUGGGAAUGAACGAUGGAAUUCCAACACGAAUUGGACAGAGCUCUCCAAUUUCAGUGCUUCUUCGACGAGCACUCCAUUGUAGUGAUCUCGAAAAUUUCUCUAUUAAGAGAGAUAACGCAGGAGAAGAUUAAAAUUUGAAGAAUGAUGAUGGUGGCUUUGUUCGGCUGAAAAAGCCCUAGAAAUUGGUAGGUUUUAAUGGUUAUUUUUCUUUGUGGUUUGGUUUGUUUUGGGGAUCAUCAAAUCUUAUUUUGUAGCUCUGUACUGACUGAGAUUAAUGUUUAGAUGAAUGUGUGAUUUCCGUCA